AUGCAAGCUGAAGAAAAUGAUACUUUAAAUGGUUUAUUUAAGUCGGUGGUUGCCGUUUUAGAUGCAGACGAUUCAAAUAUUAAAAAAUUGUUUCUUCAAAAUGGUGGUAAUAUUUUGAACUAUCCUUAUAAUUGGAAAUUGGCUACGCAUGUUAUAGGAAACGAUUUCAAUUCUCCAGUUGUUCAAGAAGGCGCUCGAAGGUCGCUUCGACUUGUUAAGACAAAGUGGAUUGAGGAUUGCAUCGAUAAAAAUGCGUUGCUCGAUUAUGCGCCUUACAGUAGCAAUCCAUAUCUUAUUUUCAAAGGGAUUUGUGCUACCACUUGUGAAAUAGACCCAUUCUUGGCCUUUUUAAUUGAUGAUUCAUUAGAAGUUCUAGGAGGGAAGUUCACCCCGGUAUUAAUAAAGUCUAUAACGCAUGUGUUUUCUUUUGAUGGAGAGGGUCCAAAAUGCAGAAAAGUUAGGGAGAAAGAAAAUGCUGACAUAAAAGUGAUACAUCCAAGGUGGGUCUUAGAUUGUUUAAUUCAUGGAAGAUGCAUUGACCAAAAGCCCUAUUUAUUUCCUAGUCUUUCUUUUCCGCGGAAACCGAAAGAUACUCUUAAUGAAAAUUUGUUAUUUCGGAAUGUAUUUUAUAACAAAAAAUUUUUUUUUGCUAGCGAUUUGAAUCUUUCUACGGUAGCCAAACAGGCUAUAUACAAAUUUGCUAGAAAUCUAGGAGCUGACGUAGCUGACUCAACUCAAACCUGUGAUGUUUUCAUAGGUUUCCAAAGAGAAACAGAUGAAUUUAGGAUGGCCUCUGAACAGAAGGCCACUAUUGCUACUAUCAGUUGGCUAUUGAACAGCUUUGUACUGGGAUCUUGGAAGGAUCCUCUACUGGAUGCGCUUCAUUUUCCUUUACCUUCGAAGAAAUUUCUUAAGGGGCAAACGAUUGCUCUGACGAAUUAUACGGGGAAAGCUCGAACGUAUUUAGAGAAGUUAAUUGUAGCUUCGGGGGCUUCUUAUACGAAAAACCUCAAACCCACCAAUUCGAUUCUGAUAGCUGCUUCUUCGUAUGGACAAAAGUUUGGUGCUGCCAAGGUUUGGAAAAUUCCAUCAGUUUACCAUACAUGGCUAUUCUCUUCUUUCAGAAGCCUUUCUGUUGAACCGUAUGACGAUUUCCCCGUCCCUCUUGAUGAAUCUUACAUGGAUUUUUUGCUUCCAUGUAAAUUAGAAUCAAAGCUCAACUCAGUGAUAGUGGAUACCGAAGGUUCUUCAUGUAAUGGUAACGAAAAUAUAGUAAACACUACUACAAAUCAAAAUAUGCACUCUAAGCCUCCAGAAGCAAUUGAAAACGGAGUGAAUAAAGAAGAAGAGGAUAACAAGCAGGAAGAACACAAGGAUGAAUCACAUGAAGAUACUACGCUAUCUCCGGAAAGCACCUCCAAAGAUGUUAUUGUAGAGGACGACUUACCUAGUAUCAAUGGUCCGGUCAUGUCAAAUCGGUCCUUUGUUAAUAACGAUGUAUCAAAUGAAAAUAUUCAGAUGGAUAAUAAAGAGGGAAAUUUGAAUUUGGUUUUAGAUAACAUUACACCAGAUGCGGAUUAUGAGCACAAAAAAUCUGACACAGUUCAUGUGUCAGAAGAGAUGAUGAAUCCUGGAGCUCAGGAUCAGAAGGAAUCUACGUCUACACCUUUGUUAACACCUGCUGUUAUCAUUCCUUCGUUAAAAGAUGUUUCUAAUUCAGCGGAAGAUCCGCAGGAACUUUCCGGGCAUGACUCUACAGCAAAUUCUUCAAUUCCUGGAUGGAGCCAAGUAAAAGAUAACGCGAAUACUGUUGCUUUAACUCAAGAACGUUCAAGAAGUAAGAGAAAAUCAGCUUCUAUGGCGCUUUCCAUGUUGCAAAAUGUCGUAAUGCCAGAUGUGGUGGCAUUUGAACGUGAAAAAAGAUUAAAAAAACAAGUUGACAUCGCUAUCCCAGAAAAGCCUGUAUCUCAAACUAUAACGAAUGCUAGUUCCGCUUCACGUGAACGGCGAUAUGUUGUUAUUACUGGUUAUGAAACAAAGCCAAGUUCUGAUGAUCUUAAAAAAAGCAACAUAAUAAUCACGUCGAAUCCUAGCAAAUGUACUCAUUUAGUCGCCCCUAGGAUUUUACGUACGGCGAAGUUUUUAUGUGCUAUACCGAAAGGACCUCAAGUAGUGACCAUGGAAUGGCUUCAAGACAGCAUCAAACAACGGCAUCCUGCUCCAGAAGAUAAUUAUCUUUUGAAAGAUGAGGAAAAAGAAAAAGAAAUAUGUUGCUCCAUACAGGAUUCUUUGAAACGAGCCAGAGAAAAAGGACCAACUCUUUUAGAAAACUACGUGAUAUAUUUGACAGCAAAAACAAUUGCUCCAGCGAAUAUCUCGGCUGUCACGAGCAUAGUGAAAUCAAAUGGAGGAUCUUGUUCUACGAUUAAUAGCUUUAACAAGCGACUGACAAAGCAUUUGGAAAACGGAAAUAUAAUCAUCAUCACUUGUCAAGAGGAUAAACAUAUAUGGAAAGACAUUCUAUCCUCAUUUGAAUUAUACCAGAACGCAUUCCUCCAAAACUAUGAUUGGCUUAUGAAAACGAUUUUGAGACAAGAGUUAAAUACUUCAGAAAAAGUUGCCAGUGAAUUUUCUCAAGGUAAUUAA